GUAGAACAGCGUACAAGGCGUUCUCUGAAUGGCACGUUAGCAGCGGACGAGAAGGCACUUACGUAGAGACUCCAUUAGAAACACCACUAUGCAACCCAUCUUGCUGUUCAUCGCUAUGUACGAAAUGCCGUGAGCACCAAACCACUACCACAACAAAGAGAUCAUAUAAACGUAGUGACUAUGCUGUCCGUGCAUCUUCGACGGGUCUGUCAACGAUUUACUGCACAUGGCUCGUCAUAUGGGGUUUUAUUCUUCACAUGUUGCUCUACUCCUGAUAUUAUCCGUAGGCUGCAAGCCCUGGUUACCUUUAUUUUAUCUGAGCAAAUAAUGUGUUGCGUUACAUCUCACCACAGGAAGCCCAAUCCUGGAUAAGCUCUUGCCCCACAAGUGCUACACACUAGUUGCUUCCACUAUAUUUUUUGCUAAAGUAUUUUCUUUUAUCACUUCUCUUUAAGUUCGAUCGGAUUCUAUUAUAUAUAUUUUUUUAUAAAACUCAAAUACGAAGAUCAUUAAUUUAAAAUUUUAUUCAGCCGCUAGAAUUAACAAUGCGCGGGCUCACAAUAUCGCGGGCUUCAAAUGGUCAGCGGAAAAAUCGGGUUAGCAGCAGUUUACGUAGUUUCUAUGGCAACCAUCCCUUUUGUUCUGCAAUUUUGCCAAACAUUCACAAAUCCACUUGAUUAUACAUUCUAUAAAGACUCAAUCAACGGAUAUGAAAGGAAUGAGCUGAGAAUAGACACAGUAUUAAUAUAUGGAUUGGAUCCACCUCAAGAUCUGUCAUUAACCAGGACCGCCUCAGCCUCCAGUAUCAUUAAAAUGUCCUGGAAACAAGGACAUUUCUUUGCCGAUUCGUGAUUGGUCGAUCGUGUGUAGCCAAUGAAAUUCUUUGUUAUAUACUGGCAAAUCAGAAGAGAUGCGAUGGACUAUCCCUUCAAGGGUUACUUAUUCUAGAUCUAUGCAUUUGUAUUAAAAAGAUAUUCAAAGAAAAUGUUCGAAAAGAAAAUAUACGAAAAGAAAACUGAAAUGUAGCGAGUAGCUAUCCUGAGUACCAAUCAGUUGGUAGGAAUGCUAUUGCACGGCUUUACUAUCAUUUGAAGAGACGCUUACCACAUCUCACUUUCUUAAGUAUGAUUUGCGGGAAUCCCUCGGGAAAAGAUCGGGAUCGUGUUUGGCAUGGAUUAAAGAAAAAGACUGUAUCUUAGUCCAAAGUAGAAACUGACUCCUUUUGCUUUCAUAGACCCUUAUAAAAUACCGUAAUCCUAUUCAGAUCGUGACUAAGCCUCCUUUGAAUGCACGUAAAACAAAGGACACGUUAUAGUAGCCCAUUGUUGUACUGCAUCAUUGUGGAGCUAGUUAUGUAUCUGCAUAUUAGUAGUAUUUUUAUGCAAAGGUUUUACAACGUUACUAUCAUAUCCUGACUAUACAAAUGCUUUCUAUUUGGUCAGUUAAUCGCCGUAUGGAUAUCCUGGGUUCUGGUAUCCAGGGUACCGUAUGGAAAGUGGUCAGUCAGUAGGUAUUCGUUGAGUUCUGUCUCAAAUGUAAUGAUCAUAUUAUUUUCCAGAAAAUCUAUUAAAUUUCAUUCAUUUUU